UUCCAGAUGUCAUGAAUCAGAAUCUCCAGAAAUGAGACCUGAGAAUUCGUUAUUUUCUUUAUUUUUUCCUUCUUUGCUAAAUCCUGGGUGAUUCCUGUGAGAGACAAUUUUAGAUAAUGCUAGUCCAUAUAAUAUACUUUCUUUUGAAGGUUUCAACUGGAUUUCUGUAGGCAAAAUAUUUUAAUCCAGCUAUUCAUAUUUCUUUACCUUAUUUCUAAAACACUUCAGGCCUGAGGACUUGCGCCGUGAGUUUGGUCGAUAUGGCCCUAUAGUAGACGUUUACAUUCCACUUGACUUCUACACUCGCCGCCCGAGAGGAUUUGCUUAUGUUCAAUAUCCUUUAUUUUACUGUGUGCAUGUGAAUAGACUACAUACAUUUGCAUAUACAUAUAUGUACUCAGGAGUAUAUUUUAUGAGAUUAAUACUGCCUAAUUAAAUGUGUUUAUUUCUUUAUCUCAGAAAAUCUAAAGCAGUCCACAGUAGCUGGCAAGCGCCCCUCAGUUUGAACCAACCUGUUAGCUAGAAUCCAAGCAUAAACCGAGCAGGCGAGACAAAAGGCACCUAAAGUUCAAGCAUCAAGGAGUAAAGAGGGAGGGUGGACACAGAUAUAAAGACCUGGAAGAGGGGAAGUCUUUAUCAAGCAAAAGACAAAGCCAACACCAGGUUGAGACUUCGGCUUUCCUACAUUUACUCAGAGUUCCAGAAUCAAAGCCAAGUCUGAUGUUGUUGGUUCUGCGUCUCUUAUAAAGUCCAUCUUGCAAGCCCUAAAGAAUAAAGGUCAAGGUUCAAGAUCAAGUGACAUUGAGUGUCCUUAACAGCUAGUCAUAUUUGAAGAUGUUCGUGAUGCUGAAGAUGCUCUUUAUAACCUCAAUAGAAAGUGGGUAUGUGGCCGUCAGAUUGAAAUACAGUUUGCACAAGGUGAUCGCAAAAGUAAGUGUGACUAAAUAGUGGAUCUUGUUUAUUUAGCAGAAUGAAUUUCAGCAAUGACUGAUUUUUUUAAUUUAAAAUUCUUUCCGAAAAUACUAUUCGAGUAGUUUAUUUAUUGAGUGGUUAUUUAUUGAGGUUUUCAGGUAAUGAAUUAUAAAUCUUGAACUUCAUAUUCUAGCACCAGGCCAAAUGAAAUCAAAAGAACGUCACCCUUGUUCUCCAAGUGAUCACAGGAGAUCAAGAAGCCCCAGCCAAAGGAGAACUCGAAGUAGGAGUUCUUCAUGGGGAAGAAAUAGGCGGCGGUCUGAUAGCCUUAAAGAGUCCCGACACAGGCGAUUUUCUUACAGCCAGUCUAAAUCUCGCUCCAAAUCACUACCAAGGCGAUCUACCUCAGCAAGGCAGUCAAGAACCCCAAGAAGGAAUUCUGGUUCUAGAGGACGGUCACGGUCCAAGUCCUUGCAAAAAAGGUCCAAGUCGAUAGGAAAAUCACAAUCAAGCUCACCUCAAAAGCAGACUAGCUCAGGAACAAAAUCAAGAUCACAUGGAAGACAUUCUGACUCCAUAGCAAGAUCCCCAUGUAAAUCUCCCAAAGGGUAUACCAAUUCUGAAACUAAAGCACAAACAGCAAAACACUCUCAUUUUCGAUCGCAUUCCAGAUCUCGGAGUUACCGUCAUAAAAACAGUUGGUGAACAGCGACAGAAGAGUGCUACGUAGUAUUUAAUAUGUUAUUAAACCUCUCGUUAUGUUAAAUAAAAAUUCUUCAAGGCUUACAGAAAAAGUGAGUUGAUAUUAGUUAUUUUGGGCAUGUGCAAGAGAUAAAAUCUCUCUAUCUUGGGUUAAGAUUUGGUCUCGAUUUAAGGGCCCAUACCACAAAUUAUGAUGUGAGUAAUGUCCCAUUUUAUGGACCAUUUUUUGUUUACAUUGUGGCAGAAGGGUACUUUUCAAAGGAAAUGGAACUAAUUUGGAAAAUUAGACUUGGAUGUUAAGAAUAAUACUAAUAACUUUUACGAAAGUAUUUUUUACUUUAAAGCACUUUUCUUUCAUGUAAAAAGUAAUUAUGACUGUAUAAUCGCAUAGGGCAAACUUAAGACUAUUUGACAUCUUACGUCUCCUUUUUGUUUUCUCUUUAAACUUGGGCCAAUUCCUGAUGGAUAUUAGUUCAUAUUACAAAAUUCUGACAUUUCUAAAAGUAGAGUUUAUAGAGAGAUCAAGCGUUCAAAAGAUACAUUCUUUCCUGAGCUCAAAAAAGGUUUUAUUUUUACUGGGUGGAACAGUAUAGAUAAGUUGACAUUAAAUUGCAUUCUAUACCAUAUUUAUUCACUUCAGAAAUAUCAAAACGUUAUAAAAAUUCUGAAUUUUGAAUGGUUUAAGACGAAAAAUGAUGUGCAACACUCAUAGUCCAAAAAUUCAUAUCAAGCCUUACACAUUUGAAGAGUGGUACAUUUUGUAUAAAAAUCAUACUUUAUACUGUUAAUUCUGCAUACCUACUUUUCAUCUACUGCUUAAUUUUUCUUUUUAGAGCUCUAGCUGAUGACUUUAAACUGUAUAGAAUAACUCUUAUUUAUUUUUGGAAAUGUUUAGUACCUUGUAUUAAGAAACUCAAGACUGCCUCCUCAAAAAACAACUUUGCAGUAUUGGGAUUUACAUUACACUGCCCUUCAUUUUUUUAAGCCAAAUAGCUUUAUUGAUAUUCAUUGCUUUUGUAGUUGUUAAAACUAAGAAUUUCUUUAAAAAUGUGUUUGUAGAUUAUGUUUUUCAGAGGGUUUUGGUAGUAUUUGUGAUAAAAUGGUUUUGCAUAUGGUUAUUAUAGGGGAUAUAUUUAUAGAGCUCUACUUGUGUACCUUGUUGAAUUACAUUGAAAUUAAAAGUUCUCAGCCCAUACAGUUAAUAUUUGUAUCUAGAGUGCUUUAGAAAAAAAAUAUGUCUUAUAUUUUUAGCAUAUAGGAGCCAAUAUUGCUUCCAUUUGUUCUGAAUACAAAUUCCAUCUUUUUUUUGCAUUUUACAUCCUGUGUGUAAGAAAUAACUUUACAAAAUAAUUUAUAUGCUGGUAAUAUUUGGACAGGUACCGUAAAUUCAUGUAUAUUGUACUUUAUGAGUAGAUUUUCUCUAAUCAUAGCAAAAUUUAUUUCAAAAUUAUAGCUCUUUGAAGUGUUCAAAUGUAAUAAAACUUUAGUUAUAAAAUUAUGUGGCAGUAUUGAAAAUUGAGAGAACAGUCUGAAGAAAGAGCAAGACAAAUACUGAUUUUUUUGUAUCUUCUAAGUAAAUGUUUGGGUUUACAUACACAUAUAUGUAGUUAUUCCAAAUACUAAUUAGGAGUUGAUUAUAGUGUCUUUACAUUUAAUCAUUAUAUCUUAGUAAAAAGUUAAUAAGGCAGUGUUUCUGAACAUGCUUAAUCCUUCGAUUUAUCUCUGAUUUGGUUUUCCACUGUAAUCCCUGGGCUGCUUAGGGAGGGUACUGUUUGGUUUGAUGGAAAAACUGGAAUGAUAAUAGUUUAAACUUUCUGAUCAUUUACUAUGUGCUUGGCACUGCUCUGUAAGUUUUACAUUACUCGCUCAUCACAACAGCUUUAUGAGGUCAGUACCACUGCAGAUAAGGUAAGUGAGACGCAGAGAGGUUAAAUGACAUGCACAAGGUCACACAACCAUUACACUUUGGAGCUGGGUGGUGGCUGGGCUCCAUACAGCCCUCCCUGAUCACCAUGCUUGUCUUUUUGGAAGAAAAAAGUCUUUGGGAAAUAUAUGCUAAACUAAGAUAAUAUUGAGAGGAAAAGGAGAGAAUAGAAUUUGGAAAGGAAAUGAUUAUAGGGUUCAGUGAAAAUGGGUUCUGUGACUGAGUGGAAAUUGAUUGGCAGUUGUGCUGAUACCCUGGAAAAUUGUCCUCUGGGUACAUCUAUUCUAGGGUUCACUUCUGCUGUAGAAUUGUUUCUUGGACCUUUUAAGAGAGGAUACUUAGAGUAAGAUUGUUAAAUAAAGCAAAUGUAUCACACAUCUGUGAUCAUUUCCUGUAAAGAUAAUAUAUUUACUCAGGUACUUCCUAUGUUUGGUGUAGGGGCACUGCCUACCUCCAUUUGUUCAAGAUUCAUAGAGGAUAAGUUAAUGUCAAAGAAGAUAAAGGUGGCCACCAUGACUGCUUGGUUUCUUUCUCCCCAUGAAUAAUUCACAUUUCUGUGUAGCAGCUGGUAUUUUGUAGCUGCAAACGUAAUGGGGGAAUAUGCCAAAUUUUUUAUCUGUAGUCUGCGGUUUAAUCUUGUGCCUCUGGGCUGUUUAUUUUUAAAUGUAAAAUAUUAACUAAUUUCAGGACUUUAUAUGUUAUCUGAGAUAACGACUAUUCUAAGACAUGAUGUUGUAUUACAAAUAAAUAAGAAUUUCUGCUUUUAUUCCAAUUCCAUUGCAUGAAGCAAAAUUAGUCGAAGUUUAAAGGAAGAAGCGUUUAGAAAUACUUUUAUAAUUCUUCUAUACUACAUUAAAAUUGUAAUUUCUUAUUUAGAGUUAAAAAUUAAAUUUGUUUUCCAGACAGGAUGGUAGAAUAUUUGGGGUAUCUGUAUAAAUAAAUACAUGCUACUUACGCAGGAGAUCUUAAUCUGGUAUCAUGAAACCGAAGCUUCAGAUCUAGGUCCUCUAGAUAUUCAAACAAGUCCGUGACUCUUGGUAUUUUAAGGACCAGUGGUUCAGUGAGACAUACGGAUAUUACUCUCAAAACUCAUAUAUUUGAUUAGAAAAAUUUAAGUAUUAAAUGAAGAUUAUGAACUUAGCAUCUAAAUUACUCCCUUGAUGAAACUAGGGUAUUUAGGAUCAUAACAUUAGCUCUGGCAUUGAUCGAACCAUGUCAGUUUAGGCCCUCUGGAAAUUUUAUAUCAUGUACCUUUAAAAAGAUGCUCUUAAAAUUAAGCAAAUUAACCACAGCUUUGUGCAUCCCAGACAAGGCCCCAUUGCCUCACACAGACAGCCUUGGGGGAGUAAGCACUUCAUUCCUGACUGGGCUAGGGCCUGGCCCCCACUGCUUAGAGAAUGCCCCUAAUGCACUGAUCCCAUCCCAGGAACACAAUAGAGCUGGGACAGCCCACAGAGAAGGUGAAUGGACUGUAAUUGAUCGAUUGACUGUGAUUAUAGAAUUAAAUUGGGUACAUCUUUUGAAAAGAAGCAAAUUAAGUGUAGAGAUACUAUAGUCAAAAACCUAUUUAGAAAUAUAAUAUUCCCUUAUAGAAGUGUUAGAUAUGCCAGGUUGAUUGAACUUCAUUCAAGUUAAAACAGUACUUCACAAUAAUGACAAAUACCAUUUUUUAUUUAAAGGAAUCAUGUGAGGAAAGACUGAAUUUAAAAAUAUACAUAGCAUACUAUACCACAUCAGUAAUAUUUUCCAAAAAAAAGGUAUAAUGUUUUUAUUUUAUUUGGGGGAAAGGGUUAUAUGAUUAGUCUUUCUUGAAUCUUAUGUUCUAGGAAUGUACCACAAUUUUGAAUUUAUGAAAAGAAAUAGUAUCAACUUGUGGAGAUAGAUGGAUGCUCAGUGGGUUAAUGGUUACUGUUUUUUAAAUGUAUUAUGUGAUUUAAAGCAUAUGUUUGGUUCACAUGUUUCAGAACACCAUAUUCAACCUACCUGUAAGUUUAUGAACUAGUAACGUUACAAAUUAAAAUCAGGAAUAUCUUAGGGUAUGUCAGGUUUCAGGUUCUUUCAGAAUGCAGACAGAAAAUUUAAAGGGUCAGUCUCUCCAGAUGAGACUAUCUAGCCAGUAAUCAGUGCUUUGUGCUAGAAAUGGAUUGAUUGCAUGUUUAUUACUGUUUGAUCUUAUGUAUUGCAGCUUGUGUAGGAUGAGCAGUUUCUCAGAAAAAGUGUAAUUGAAACAAGAAGCAAAAUUACCACUUUUCUAAUUUAGGAGUAUAAUUCUGUGAACUAAAUGCCUAAGAACUAUAUGCUUUUUAGAAAUGUGUCCAUAGAAAUUGAGGAAAACCACAUUCUAGUUUUCUUGGCUUACUCCUUAUAGUAUAGACUUAAAAUGCUGUUAAAUUGACUAAUUUCAACAAAAAUCUCAAUAUAAAAUAGUCUUCCAGGCUCAAGUGAUAGCCUUUUUUUUUUUUUUUUCAAUACUAAGAAAAAUUCAGUGGAUUUCUUUGUGGGGGAAGUUAAGAGCCAUUCCUAUGACAUUUGUGAGGUGGUGUCUGCUUCGUGGGAAUACUACUUUACACCUUGAGAAAAAGUACUCUGUUGAAGACCUUUUUUCAAAAUCGACAUAAGCUGUAUAACUGGUCUGACUCUUCAGGGCAUUCUUAUAUUUUAAAAAUGAGAUGGAAUGUUACUUAAAUUUAUUUUAACACGUAAAAUAUUUAUAUAAUUUCAUAAGAACCUUAAGGAAAAGCAUUAACAUUCACAUUGUCGGUAAACCUUAAGAUUUGGGCCUUAAAAUGUUAAAUGUAACUGAAUUAGCAAAACUAAUGCUCUAGUUUUGUUAGAAUAUUCAUUAUAAUUUUUAAUGUGUAUACAAAGUCUAACCAUUUUUGGUGUUAUUUUAUACUUUAUAAUUCCCUACUCUUGCCAUAUAAUCUAUGUGGGAUUUUUUUAAAAAUACCACUUAAAAACAUGGAUAAAAAAUUUUCUAAAAUUUAUUUGUAGUGAGGUGUCAUAGAGUCUGUCAUACAGAGUGAAGUAUAUCAGAAAGAAAAAUACUGUAUUCUAACGCAUAUAUAUGGAAUCAAAAAAAAAUGGUACUGAUGAACCUAGUUGCAGGGCAGGAAUAAAGAUGUAGACAUGGAGAAUGGACUUGAGGACACGGGGUGGGAGUGGGAAGCUGGGGCGAAGUGAGAGUAGCAUUGACAUGUAUACACUACCAAGUGUAAAACAGAUAGCUAGUGGGAAGCAGCCGCACAGCACAGGGAGAUCAUCUCGGUGCUUUGCGAUGCCC